AUGAAACUAUAUAAUUCGCAUUUAAAUUCAACACAGACCAUUCCCAUCUCUCUCUCUCUCUCUAUAGUCUCUGGCGUUCGGACAUGAACAUAUGAAACUGACGGAGACAUGAGAGGUGUACCAAACAACCACCAUUCUUACAUCACCUGCUUCUUCUUCUUCCUUUCAGCAUUCUUCUCUGUUUUAUUCCCAGCGAUUUCGAUCUCUGUCGACACUUUAUCGUCUACCCAAAAUCUCACGGUUUCUGAGAAUCGGACCCUUGUCUCUCCCGGCGGUGUGUUCGAGCUCGGAUUCUUCAAGCCCAGCGAUUCUCGGAACAGUUGGUAUCUGGGGAUUUGGUACAAGACCAUCCCGAAGCGAACAUAUGUCUGGGUCGCAAACAGAGACAACCCUCUCUCCAAUUCCUCCGGAACUCUCAAGAUCUCCGACAGAAACCUCGCCCUCUUCGAUCAAGCUGAUAACCCCGUCUGGUCGACGAAUCUGACCGGAGAAGUCAAAUCUCCGGUUGCAGAGCUCCUCGACAAUGGAAAUUUCGUGUUCAGAGACUCGGAAAACAACAACCCGGAUGAGUUCUUGUGGCAAAGCUUCGAUCACCCGACGGACACAUUGCUCCCCGAGAUGAAACUCGGUUGGGAUCUGAGAACCGGAUUCGACAGAUACAUAACCUCUUGGCGAAGCCCGGAUGAUCCCUCCACCGGAGAUUUCUUGUUCAAGCUCGAAUCCCGAGGCUUCCCUGAAAUCUUCCUCUGGAACAGAGAUUCAAGGGUGUAUCGAAGCGGGCCGUGGAACGGAGUCCGGUUUAGCGGCGUACCGGAGAUGCAGCCACUGAAGUACAUGACGUUCAAUUUCACGGCGAGCAAGGACGAGGUCACGUACUCGUUCCACGUCACGAACAGCUCCAUUUACUCGAGACUGAGCGUGAGCUCGUCUGGGUUAUUGCAGAGAUUCACAUGGAUUCCGACGGAGCAGGAGUGGAACCGGUUCUGGUACGCGCCAAAGGAUCAGUGCGACAACUUCAAAGAGUGUGGCUCGUACGGGUACUGCGACACGAACACGUCGCCGGUGUGUAACUGCAUCAGAGGGUUCGAGCCGAGGAACCCACAGGCGUGGGCGUUGCGAGACGGGUCGGGAGGGUGCGUGAGGAAGACGCGGCUGAGCUGCGGCGGAGACAAGUUUUUGCGGCUGAGGAAGAUGAAGUUGCCGGAGACGACGGCGGCGAUGGUGGACCGUACGGUGGGGACGAAGGAGUGCGAGGAGAGGUGUAGGAGGAACUGCGAGUGUACGGCGUUUGCGAAUACGGAUAUAAGGAAUGGCGGGUCGGGUUGCGUGAUUUGGGUCGGCGAUCUUCUGGACAUUCGAGCUUACUCCGAUGGCGGACAGGAUCUUUUUGUCAGAUUGUCUGCUUCUGAUCUCGGGGACGAAAGCAGUAGAAAUGCCCUAGUUACAGGUUUGGUCGUCAGCUUUGGCGUCCUGUUUCUGGGUUCAAUUUUUUUCUGUCUUUGGAAGAGGAAGCAGAAGAAAACGAGAUCAAUCGCUGAGCCUAAUGCGAACCCAGAAAGAAGCCGAGAUCUGCUAAUGAAAGAGGCGGUGAUAUCAAGCAGGAGACACGUGUCGAGCGAAGGCAAAAGAGAGGAAAUUGAACUGCCAUUGUUUGAGCUUGAAGUGAUCGCCAUGGCUACAGAGAAUUUCUCAGACAGCAACAAGCUCGGACAAGGCGGUUUCGGCAGUGUUUACAAGGGGAGGUUGCUUGACGGUCAAGAAAUCGCUGUGAAGAGGCUAUCCAAAACGUCGGUUCAAGGGGUCGACGAGUUCAAGAACGAGGUUAGGUUAAUCGCGAGGCUUCAGCACAGGAACCUCGUCAGGCUUCUUGGCUGUUGUGUUGAGAUGAACGAGAAAAUGUUGGUUUACGAGUACAUGGAGAAUCGAAGCCUUGAUUCCAGUCUCUUCGUUUCAGAUAAAACCCGAAGCUCUAAGCUCGAUUGGAAAACGAGAUUCAGUAUCGUUUGCGGGAUAGCUCGAGGGCUUUUGUAUCUUCAUCAAGAUUCGCGGUUCAGGAUCAUCCACAGAGACUUGAAGGCCAGUAACGUCUUGCUCGAUAGAGAAAUGAACCCGAAAAUCUCGGAUUUCGGGAUGGCGAGGAUCUUCGGAGGGGACGAGACAGAAGCCAACACGAGAAAAGUCGUGGGAACGUACGGUUAUAUGGCACCAGAAUACGCAAUGGACGGGACAUUCUCCGUGAAAUCCGACGUUUUCAGCUUCGGGGUUUUGGUUCUGGAGAUUGUAAGCGGUAAGAGGAACAGAGGAUUCUACAACUCGAACACCGAACUCAAUCUUCUCGGAAGUGCUUGGAGAUAUUGGAAAGAGGGGAAAGGGAUCGAAAUCGUUGAUCCGGUGAUCGGAGAUUCGUAUCCGAACCACGAGGUUCUGAGAUGCAUACAGAUCGGACUUCUGUGCGUCCAAGAACGGGCGGAAGACAGACCGACGAUGUCAUCGGUAGUGUUGAUGCUCGGAAGCGAGACCGCGACAAUGCCGCAGCCGAGACAGCCCGGUUACUGUGUCGGGAGAAGCCCUUUGGAAACGGAUUCUUCGUCGAGCAGACAACCUGACGAUGAAUCUUGGACGGUGAACCAAGUCACUGUCACUGUGAUCGACGCUCGGUGAAUGGCUGGUUCAGACCGUCCGAUGUUCGUUUGUUUUUUGUUUUUUUUUUGUUUAUAAGAACAUGAAUACUGAUUCAAGAAUCAACCAAAUAUCAAUGAUAUUGAAAAGAAUUGGAGAAAUUAUUGAUGGAAGUUUUCAUGGAAAUUCAA